AUGGACGGAGCAACGUCUUGGCAUCGCGAGCUGGCUGCGCUGCUGCAGCGCUUUUGGGAGCUCGAGGAAGUAUCGCAAGUCAGCCGCCGCGCUCCAGAGGACAUUGAGUGCGAGCGCAUUUUCCUCGAUCACCAUCGUGUUUCGGAUGGCCGCUAUGUCGUUCGUUUGCCAUUGAAGAGCGACAGUGUGCGGCUGCUCGGCAACAGCCUGCAGAGUGCCAAGGCCGCCCUUCACUCGUUGCAUCGUCGCCUCCAGUGGACCCCAGCGAUGGGUGCUGAGUAUGCGCAAUUUAUGGCAGAGUUUAUCGCUCUGGGCCACAUAAGGUCACUGCCUGACGAUCUGCGCACGGCAUCGCCCCGACCAGUGCACUAUAUCCAACAUCACGGCAUCUGGCAGAGCAGCGAUAAGGGUCGCAGGCUUCGCGUCGUGUUCAACGCCUUGAAACCGACAUCGAGCGGCUACAGCUUAAACGACGUCCUCUUCGUAGGCCCUACACUGCAGACCACGCUCCCCAGCGUGCUUCUACGCUGGCGACGACACCGAAUCGCCUUCUGCAGCGACGUCCGCAUGAUAUUUCGUCAGAUCUGGAUUGACAAGCGUGACGUCGACCUACAGCGUAUCUUGUGGAGCCCUGAUCCAAACCAACCGCCCACGCACUACCAGCUGUUGACAGUCACCUAUGGCGCUUCGUGCUCACCGUACCUCUCCUUGCGCACUGUGCAGCAGCUGUGCGAGGACGAAGGACACCGUUGGCCCGAGGCAGUUCCCGUGGUGAUGAACGACCGCUACGUCGACGACAUACUCUCCGGUGCCGACGACAUCGCCACGGCUCGACAUAUUCGUGACCAGCUAAUCGAACUUCUGCAAGCCGGCGGGUUUCCUCUGCGCAAGUGGGUAGCCAAUGUGCCCGAGCUGCUGGACGACCUCCCCGACGACGUGCGCCUGCGGCCCACUUGGUGUCAGCUUGGCGCUGAAGGUCUCGUUAGUGAGCUCGGUGUGAGCUGGGACCCACCGUCAGAUUGCUUCCUGCUAACACCUCCCCUCAUACAGCACCAAACCACCAAGAGGACCAUGCUCGCAGCGCUCGCGGGCCUGUUUGAUCCAUGCGGUUGGCUUGCGCCGAUCGUGCUGAACGCCAAACUCCUGCUGCAAGACUUAUGGCGAGCCAACCUGGACUGGGACGAGUCUGCUCCGUCGUCCAUGAUUCAAAGGUGGACUGCCUUUGCCGCCGAGCUCCAAGCCAUCUCCGGUCUAUCCCUGCCUCGUUGGAUCGGAACGGUCGCGUCAGCGGACAUUCACCUGCACGUAUUUUCCGAUGCCAGCCGCCGCGCGAUGGCUGCUGUCCUGUACUCUAGACUCCAGGCCGCGGACGGUUCUGUCCGCUGCCACAUUCUCCUCGCUCGCACGAAGCUGGCGCCCAUCCGCACUCUUAAGCCAAUGGCCGAGCCCGUGGCCCGGAUGACCAUUCCUCGCUUGGAGCUCCGCGCCGCCCUGCUGGCUGCUAAGCUUCUGCGCUCGACGGCCGAAGAACUAGCAGUUCCGAUUGAGCGCUGUCACGCCUGGUGCGACUCGCAAAUUGUGCUGCACUGGGUUCGCUCCGAUCAGCCAACCAACAACGCCCUCGUCGACAACUACGUGGCCCAGAUACAGGACACGCUACCCUCGAGCGCCUGGCGGUACGUGCCGUCGCAGUCCAAUCUAGCCGACGUGGCCACUCGAAGCGCGGACAUGUCCGGUCUCAGACAACAACUCCUGUGGUGGGACGGUCCGCCGUGGCUCGCCGACAACGACCGAGCCUGGCCCCAGGAAGCACUUCAAGAGGUGACACCCCUGCCGUUGGCCUGCUACGCCACCCAUCUGGCUGAGCCGAGCAUACUUGAACGAUAUUCCAAGCUUCACACUCUACUCGUCGUUCUCGUGCGCACUCGUCGGUGGGUCCGGCGCCAGUUGCGUCGCCCACCUGUCCUGCCGGUGCUCUCACCACUGACCCCCGCCGAGCUUCAAGAUGCCUUCCUGGCCUGCGUCCGUUUGAGCCAAUCGGAAACGUUCGGCGAAGAGCGCGCGCGUUUGCAGAACGGCGAGCGAUUGCCAAAAGGGAACCCUUUGACUUCUCUUGCGGCUUUCCUCGACACCAACGGCGUUCUGCGCGUCGGCGGGCGGCUGGGUUUCUCCUCGCUACCUUACGAAGAGCGGCAUCCACCGAUCCUUAGCGGAGCCUCAUCGCUCGCCUCGCUGGUCCUUUCUUGGGCCCAUACUCGAGCUCUUCACGGCGGAUACAGGGUCACUAGCGCCUACGCGGCCAAGCGUGCAUGGAUUCUCGGUGGCCCACGCAGAAUCAAGGCUCAAUUGCGGCGGUGCGUCGUAUGCUCCCGACUCCAGGCUCGCUCCGCGACCCAGAUGAUGGCCCCCUUACCAGCUUCACGAGUCACACCUUCCCGCGCUUUUGGCCGCACGGGUGUCGACUACGCCGGGCCUUUUUCAGUACUGGCGUCAAAAGGACGAGGCAUACGCACUACGAAGGGUUACAUCGCCGUCUUCGUGUGCAUGACGACAAAGGCCCUACACCUCGAGCUCGUCGGUGAUCUCUCCACAGCCGCCUUCCUGGGCGCUCUCGCUCGGUUCACCGGUCGUCGCGGUCGACCCUCUGAACUCUGGAGCGACAAUGCCACUUGCUUUCGCCGCGCUGAUCUGGAGCUGCGCGAGGCGUUACAAAUUGCGGAGAUCGACUGGGACCUCGUUGCCGGCUCUCUCGCUUCGCAAGGUAUCGCUUGGCACUUCAUCCCCCCUGGAGCUCCACAUUUCGGCGGACUCUGGGAAGCCGCCGUCAAGUCAGUCAAAGGCCACCUUCGACGCGUAAUGGGCUCCCGUCACCUGACCUACGAGGAAUUCUCCACCGUACUAGUUGGGAUUGAGAUGGUGCUCAACGGAAGGCCCUUGACACCGCUCUCCGGCGACCCUUCCGACCUCGAGGUACUUACACCAGGCCACUUCCUUGUUGGAGCCCCACUCGAUUCCAUCAUCCAGCCCAGGCCUCCCACUGAGAACUUGGACGCUCUCUCGCAUUGGGACCUCGUGAGAGCCAUUCGGGCUCAGUUCUGGUCACGCUGGAGCCGAGAGUACCUUAAUACACUCCAGCAGAGGCCGAAGUGGACCGUUGCUCGCCGAAGUUUUGCCGUCGGUGACUUCGUCAUCCUACUGGACGCCACCCUCCUCCAAUCGAGCGGUCGUUGGCCGCUAGGUCGCAUCAUUCGCGCUCAGCCUGGUCCUGAUGGAUUGGUGCGCGCGGUCACCGUGAAGACAGCGACUGGCGAGUACGUGCGACCGGUUGUCAAACUGGCCCGGCUCCCCGUAGCGAACCCCGGUCCACCAACGCCACCCCCUGAUGGUCAAGAAGGCCGACCCGCCUUGGCGGGCGGCAACUAG